GUAGGAGGGACCAGGCUGCCCUUCUCCCAGCAUCCUAAGCUUCCUUCCUCAGGGGCUCUUUUGACCCCGCAGACUGUCAAAGCUAACUUUGCCCUUUGUUGCUUUUUGGUUCCAUUUUAGAAGCAACUCAGCCACCAAGAAAGAAUACUUUGAAGGAGCAAGGAUGCAGGAGCUUUAUCUGCUGUGCUGGGUGGUCCUGCCGGGCCUGGUGCGGGCCUGUCCUGAGCCCUGUGACUGCGGGGAGAAGUAUGGUUUCCAAAUUGCUGACUGUGCCUACCGAGAUCUGGAGGCUGUGCCACCCGGCUUCCCAGCCAAUGUAACCACACUGAGCCUGUCAGCCAACCGACUGCCAGGCUUGCCACAGGGCGCCUUCAGGGAGGUGACCCUGUUGCAGUCGCUGUGGCUGGCACACAAUGAGAUCCGCAUGGUGGCCGCAGGCGCCCUGGCUGUCCUGGGCAACCUCAAGAGUCUGGACCUCAGCCACAACCUCAUCUCCGACUUCGCCUGGAGCGACCUGCACAACCUCAGUGCCCUCCAGCUACUCAAGAUGGACAGCAACGAGCUGACCUUCAUCCCCCGUGAUGCUUUCCGCAGCCUGCGUGCCCUGCGUUCACUGCAGCUCAACCACAAUCGCUUGCACACGCUGGCCGAGGGCACCUUCUCGCCACUCACCGCGCUGUCUCACCUGCAGAUCAACGAUAACCCUUUCGACUGUACCUGCGGCAUCAUGUGGUUCAAGACAUGGGCCCUGACCACGGCCGUGUCCAUCCCGGAGCAGGACAACAUCACUUGCACUUCACCCCACGUGCUCAAGGGCACCCCACUGAAUCGCCUGCUGCCUCUGCCUUGCUCUGCACCCUCAGUACAGCUCACCUAUCAGCCCAGCCAGGAUGGCGCUGAGCUACGGCCAGGCUUCGUGCUGGCGCUCCACUGUGACGUGGAUGGGCAGCCGGUCCCCCAGCUUCACUGGCAUAUCCAGACACCUGGUGGCACCGUGGAGAUCACCAGCCCCAAUGUGGGUACUGAUGGGCGUGCCCUGUCUGGGGCCCUGGCAGCCAGCACCCGGCCACGCUUCCAGGCCUUUGCCAACGGCAGCCUGCUCAUCCCUGAUUUUGGCAAGUUGGAGGAAGGCACCUACAGCUGCCUGGCCACCAACGAGCUGGGCAGUGCUGAGAGCUCGGUGAACGUGGCACUGGCCACACCAGGCGAAGGGGGUGAGGACGCCCUGGGGCACAGGUUCCACAGCAAAGCGGCCGAGAGCAAGGGCUGCUAUACAGUUGACAAUGAGGUGCAGCCUUCCGGCCCUGAGGACAAUGUUGUCAUCAUCUACCUCAGCAGAGCGGGGAGUCCCGAGGCCGCAGCAGUCGGAGAAGGGGUCGCUGGGCUGCGGCCCACUGGCCUGCUCUUGCUGGGCCAGAGCCUCCUCCUUCUCCUUUUGCUCACUUCUUUCUAGCCUCACCCCAACCUGGAUUGGGCUGGAGGGGCUCCAGGGGUGCCCCGGCUCCUCCCUGACUCUGCCGCUGUAAGUACUGCAGAGUGCUAGGGUCAGCAAUUCCCAAGGUUUUUUUUUUUGGGGGGGGGGGGAUCUGCAUUUUUCUACCUCCCCUUCUCAUCUCUUCUGGAACACUCACCACCCCCAACUUCUAGACUUGCUGAAAGCUAGUGACUAGGACAGAUCUGAUCCCCAAAUUCACCACCUGCGGUGCUCAUUGCUGCUAACCACAUUGCUCAGGCUCCCUCACUGGGCAGCACACUGCCAGGGCAAUGUAGACAACUGGGGGAAGCCUCACUGGUAGGAGUCGCGGCACUGGGGCUGAUCAGGUGGUGAAGGCUGGGGUCAGGGUGAGGGCUGGGCAGGGAGGUUGGACACAGGCACAGGAGAGGGGGGUAGGAUGUCCAGCCAGCUGUGGCUGCAGGCCCCAAGGCUCUAGGGAACCUGCCGGAGCUAGCUGCUCUCUGCUGAUCGCAGGGCUCCACAGUCUCUUUGUCUGAGUCUCAGACAGGAUCUGGGACGGGCCUUCAGCUCCUCUCGCCCUCACCCCUCAGAGGCCUGUGCUCCUCCACCCUGCACGCCAGCCCCGCCUUCUCUCCAAGCAUGCAUCUGUAGCCUGCUGCUCUCAAAGAGGCCAGUCAGCCUGGGGGCAGCAGAGAAAUAAACAGCAUUUC